UGUUGCUCGCCCCGAGUCGCCGCAGCAAUCGCCGCCGCAAGCCCGCAACCACCCCUUGCCGGCUUGCUCGUCGCCGUCCCAAUCGAUGCCAUCGCCGCCGAGACAAAACCCCAGCACGCCACUGCUCGCGGGCCACAGACACGGCGGCCUUGACAGGUCAGCGACGGCGCACAUCGGCGUGCUGCUUGAGCGCGAGGGCGGGGAAAGCAUCGGCGGUGGGAGUGCGGCAGCCGGUGUCGCAGCGCCUCUUCGAGGGCACAGAGGAGGAGAUCCAUCUCGAACGCCUUACCAUGAGCAGACUGCCGAAAUUCUUCAGAGGCUUAGUGACGGCGCACAUCAGCUAGACUUGAUGGCAGUUCAGCAGAACAUUGCUUCUGGACUAGGACUGUUGCUAACAGAUGGAGAAGAUGAAACACACAGAGCUAGAGCUAUUUUCAACUUUUUAAAGGAAAAGAAAUUCCUAUUGUUGAUUGAUGAUCUCUGGGACAUGCCGGACUUUGUGAAAGUUGGUAUACCGCACGGUUCGAAGAAAUGUUCCCUCCCAAAUAGCCAGAUUGUAGUGGUCACAACACGAUCUUUGGAAGUCUGCGGUAGAAUGCGUAUCUUUGAAAAUGUUAUACAGUUGAAAUGCCUGAAUUCUGAUCAUUCGUGGCAGCUGUUUAAAGACAUUGUUGGUGGAAAAAAGAUGGAAGAUGCUCGAAUAAGGGGAUGUGCGGCGAAGAUUGCUGCAAAAUGUGGAGGUCUUCCACUAGCAAUUAAGAUAACUGGGCAGGCUAUGGCAUCCAAGGUAGCUUCAGAAGAAUGGGAAUAUAGUUUGAUGUUAGUAGAAGAUUCAGUUUUCCAUCAGGUUUCUAGUUCAGAUAACGAACUCUUUCCUAUAUUGAAAAUUAGUGACAGCUUGCAAAGUGAUGUGAUUAGAAUGUGCUUCCUAUUAUUUGCCGGGGGUGCCUUACACGUCCGAGAUAAUGUUUGUCACGUUAUUUUUUUAAAUUGA